GUGGUAGCGCAAAAAACAAUUUUAAAAUUUGACGUUUAAUCUAACCCAUCUCUCACAAAAAUUUAUUUUUAACCCUUAUCAACCCUUAUUAUCCAUCAUUAAUCACCAAAUUACCGUCAUCGCGAACCCAAAUCAUCAUAAAAUCGUUAUUAACGCGUAAAAAUCACUUAUUAACACAGAAAUUCGGGUUACAAUAAAUGGGAAUCCGGUACGAAUAAAAAGGGGCGCAAUGGUCACAGCAGAUUCCGAUUGCAAAGCUGAACUGGAGAGACGUAGAAAAAUGAGAUUAUCACAAGUUCGCCAACAAUCGGACGAAAUAGCCACGAAAGUACGACAACGAGUUCAAAGUGAACGCAAUAAACAAGUAAAAAAUAAAGAAGAAAGAGAUGACGAACAAUGGAAAUUGAGUAAAUUAUUAGAACUUCAAGCACAAUAUUGUGAUUCUUUGAGGAAUUUAGGAUUAGCACAUGCCCAAGCGAUCAUUGAAGAAGCAAGAGAGGAAGUAAAUAAAGAAUAUAAAGAAGCUUUGAUGGAUAGGUGUAAACAACGUGGGCGUGAAGCGGCUAAGAAGUUACAUAAAGAACAAGAAGAGAGAGAAAAAGACAGACUAAAAGAAUUGGGUAAUAAAAAAAGUGAAUCAAAAAAAACCAAGAGUCCGGUUAGGCAGAAAAAAAGGAGAAAAAAGUGUGAGAGAUGUGAUAGUUGUAGUGAAAUGGAAGAUAUUCAAGAUGAAGAUGAAAUAAUUGAUGUUUCUGAAAGUGAUGAUGAUGUUUCGUAUAAAGAUGCUGUGAAACAAUCUAAAAAACGUGGUUAUAAAGCUGCUGUAAAACUUCAUAAAGAGCAAGAAGAGAAAGAAAAGCAGAAACAGAAAGAAUUUGAGGAGAGGAGAAAACGAAGUACAACAGAAGCGAUUAGGAAAAGUAACAAAAGUCCAUUUAGAAAGAAAAAAAAGAGAAAAAAGUAUGAUAAAAAUGAAAGUGAUAGCAGUGGAAUGGAAUGUUCUCAUGAAGAGGAUGAUGAAGAUUUCAAAUUUGAAAAUGAUAGAAUUAGUCCUUGUUUAAGAGAUUAUUUAGAUAAAGGUACAAAAAGUAGAUCUAAAAGUCCUAGUAAUUUAAGGCGAAAAAGUCCUGAUAAAAGUGCAAGAUCACCAAGUCCUAAAACAACUCGAAGAUCACCAAGUCCUAAAGUAACUUCAAGAUCACCAAGUCCUAAAGUAACUCGAAUAUCAAGUCCUAAUUCGUCUGGAGGAUCAUCAAGUCCUAAGUCACCCAGAAGAUCACCAAGCCCACCAAGAAAAGCUGAUAUAAUCAUUCAUCACCCUGAUAAUUACUUAGAUAAAUGUACAACAAAUAGAUCUAAAAGCCCUAGAGGUUUAAAAAUUUCUAAAUCAACUAAUUCAAGAACUUCAAGUCCACCAAAACUAGCUGAUAUCAUGAUUCAUCAUCCUCCAGAUACAAGAAUAAGUGAUAGAAUUAAAAAUAGACGUUUACGACUUCAUACAGAUACAAUUUUGGAUGAAAAAGUAAUAGAAAAAAGUGUUGUUGCAGAAAAAGAUGUUCCUAUUAAAUUGAUGGUGAGUACAGGAACUUUAACAGAAGCAGAAAAAGAUGGUCCAUGUUGUCUUAAGUGUCGUUGUAAAUCAAAUCAUUCGAAAGCAUUCCAAGAAACAAAAAUGGAAGAUAUUGGUACAAUUACAGAGAAUGAUUUAAUACCUUUAAAAAUACAUACAACAAAAUGCGAUUGUUGUCUUUGUUCUAAAAAGAAAGACAAAAAAUUAACGGGUCAAUUUAAGAAAAGAAAUAGUUCGAAUGAAAUUCCGCCAAAGCCUACAGUAAUUUUAAAAAAUAAAUCUAAAUCUGAUUCGGAUAAAGCUCAAUUUUAUGAUCAUAUAAACAGAUUUAGCAAAGAAUAUCAACCACCUCAAAAUCAAGUUCAAAGAAUUCCCGACUGUGAUAUACAAAUUGUAGAUGCACAAAGUGAUAACGAAUUUCAAAGAACGAUGCAGAAGCGCGAUAAAGAAGCUCAAAUCCGCGGGAAAAAAGCGUAUGAAAAAGAAAAGAUUCAAAAAGAUUACAAUGAGUUAAUACAAAAAUUACCAGCGUUGCAAAGACAAGAAAGAAUGGCAUCUUUGGCUGUUAAAAAUGGGGAUAAUCCAGCUUUUCAUAUGAGUGAUAAUCGUCUAAAACAACAAGAAUUAAAAAAACAGUGUGAAAUGGAGGGUGCUUUUGAAAAAUUAUUUCCACAUACAAUUACUUUAAAAUCUAAGUCUCAUCCUGAUGAUGCACCAUUUCAAGUUAUUGAUACAGUAGAUCAAAAUCAAAUUCCUCCAUAUCGUUGGGAUCUUAAUGUUGAUUUUAACAUUGAAGAAAAAAAUGGCGUUGUUUUGACGAAAGAUGAUGGAGUUAUUACAAUAAAUCCAAAUGUCUCUGAUCAAACCGACAAUUUAAAAAUUAUGUUAGAAAAAUUGAAACAACAAAAAAGAAUGUUGUUGGAGGAAGUUGAAACUUUACCUAGAGAUAGUAAUUUAGACAGUAUAAUAAGCGAAUUAGAACGAUUUAGAAAUGAUAAUGAAAGAAAAAGUGACAUCAACACAAAAUUAAGCGAUGAUUUAAUAAAAAGUCAUAAAAAGAAAAGUCAAAAAGAAAAGUCGAAAACUAAAAAAUCUCACAAAACGCAUCAUAAAGUUUUGCAAAAUACGAGCACACAAACUUCGCCAAAAAUUGAAAUUCCCAUUGAACAAAAAUUAAAAGAAACUGAUACGUCUAAUAAAGAAUCAAAAAUCGAUUUAAAAAAAGAAACGAAAAAGAAAAAAAUUAAAUCAACACCUUCAAAUAAAAGUUUAUCUUCUUCAAAAUUAAAUGAAUCCGAUAAAAUCAAAAAGUAUGAUAAUUGUGAGUGUUUGGGCAAAUGUUGUAAGUGUGAUAAAAACGAUAUUUGCGAGAUUGUUAUUAAAAUUCAAGAUGAUGUUCCACAAAUUAAUAUUAAAAGUCCGAAAAAAACAAAAAUCGAAUCUAAAACAUUGUUAAUUGAUACAGUUUCAAAUGAAUCGAUUUUGAAUCAAAAAGAAAAUGUUCCAAAAAAGAAGUCUGUUGAAAUAAUAUCAAAACCGUCGAUUAAAUUGAAAAAAGAUGUUUUACUUGAAAAUAAAAUUGAUUCAAAGUUAUCUUGGAGUAAAUCUUUGAUGAAUACACCAGGAGAACCAUCAACAAGCACAUCUUAUUUUAGCCCACCCGAUUUUCAAAAACCACUUUCUGAACUUCCACCAGAAAAAAAUAAAGAAGCUUUAUUAAAAUAUAUUAAAAAGCUUUUAACAAUGUCUCGAAAAAGCGUUGAAAAUUUAAGAACAAGCGGUUCGACUUCGCUUGAAUCAUCAUUAAGUAAUGUCACAAAUACAAGCGCAGCAAGUUUAGCGCUAAAGUUGUUUGAAACAACUUUACAAAAUAUGGAGAAACAAUUAAUAACUUCUUCAACUUCAAGCAACAGUAUUAAAUCAUACGAUUAUGAUGCUUCUAUUUCAAAUAAUCAUAUUAAAAAUCAAAACGAUGUUUAUGAUAAUAAAUUGGAGAUUGUAGCUGAGAAAUAUGAAAAUAUGGUGGAUCAAUGUCAUAAACGAAUUUCGGGUUUAACAGCGAUGAUUGAAAAAGUACGCAAAGAAAGAGAACAAAUUUUAAGCCCAAAUUUUAGCGAUAAAGAACCUUCGACGGCUUAUUUAAACUUACCUAACUCUAUAGGAGAAGAAAAUAAAUCAUCCUCCUUACCAUCCGAAAACGAAGAAAGUGACAGAGAACAAAAGCUUUUAAAUAAAUUAUUAUUAGAUGUAAAUAUUAAUAUUGAAAAAUUAAACGAGCAAGCAGCUAGAUUCGAUUCUAAUUCGCGUAGUAGCUCUCCAGAUAGAGAUAUAGUUGAUGCUGAAGUUUAUCACAGAUUUAAAAACUUAAUGAACGUCGAAGAAAACGAUGAGCAAGUAAUUCGCGAUAUGAUCAAUGAAAAUUUAAGUGAAGAAUUUGUACCAAUGAUAAAUAUACCCAGAUUACCGAAAUUAAGACCACGUUUUGCACCUUACGUCGAAGAAAUUUAUUACGACAAACAAAAAAAACCACCACCCGCGAAAGGUUUAAGUGCCGCUAAAAAAUUUAAUGGUGAAAUUACAAACGUUCCGCACGAAUUAUCAACGAUAGCUGAAGUUGAUAGUCAAUUAUCAACAAAAAUUAGUCCACAGAAACAAGAUCAAAAAGUGAUUAGAGAAAAACCAAGUCAUGUUGAAACUGAAUUUGACCCAAACAAAUCAAAUCGAGAUUACGAAGCGCAUAUCUCCCAAGAAAGUGUGCCUGACGUUGUGGUAGCUUUGAAAAGUGGUGAAUCAAGUUCAAGUAAUAAUUCGGAUGAACGCGAAAAGCAAAAAAAUGAUGGAAGUAAUAGUUCGGAUAUGGAAAAUUUAGAGGCUAUGUUAGCAAGUAUGGGGAUGGGUUGGGCGAUUGCCACAUUAAGAAAAACACAAAAUGCACUCGUUAAAAAUGGCUCAACAUCAAGUAGCGAAGAAAUAAGAAAACAUUAUAAAAACGCCUCUGAUUCAAGUACGAGUGAUAUAACGUUAAGAGAUUACUUAGGGAGAAAAAUUUUUAGUACAUCAUCAAAUUACGGUUCAGCAUCGACUACUAUGUCACCGUUUAGGCGCGAAUUGGAAGAUAUUUCUGUGAUACACGGAUCAGCAAUGAGUAGUGAAUAUAAACAAUUAAGAACUUCAACACCUGUCGGUAUUACUAAUAUAAGUGAAGGACAAAGAAUAAUAGGAACACAAACGAUUAUGAACGAUAAUUCUUCGAAUGCUGAUGGAUUUGUAACUUUACCUGAAGUAUCUAUAGAUUAAUGAGUAAAUUUUGUUUGUAAAAUUAAAAAAAAUUGAUUUUUAUAUGUUUUUAUGUAUGUAAUGGUUUUUGUUUAUAACUUUU